GGCUGGCCCGUCGGGGACCCUGGCGGUGUGCUGCGCCUCCCCUCGCUGCGCCCUCACCUGUGGAAGGUCGCCCCACAAAAGGCACCAUGCCCCAGAACGUGAUCCUCCCGGGCCCUGCGCCCUGGGGCUUCAGACUCUCGGGGGGCAUAGACUUCAACCAGCCUUUGGUCAUCACCAGGAUUACUCCCGGAAGCAAGGCGGCAGCUGCCAACCUGUGUCCUGGAGACGUGAUCCUGGCGAUUGAUGGCUUUGGCACAGAGUCCAUGACGCAUGCUGACGCACAGGACAGAAUUAAGGCAGCAGCCCAUCAGCUGUGUCUCAAAAUUGACAGGGCAGAAACACGCUUAUGGUCUCCACAGGUAUCAGAAGAUGGAAAAGCUCAUCCUUUCAAAAUCAACUUAGAAGCAGAACCACAGGACAUGAACUACUUUGAACACAAGCACAAUAUUCGGCCCAAACCUUUCAUAAUCCCAGGCCGUAGCAGUGGAUGCAGUACUCCUUCCGGUAUUGAUGGUGGCAGUGGACGUAGCACCCCUUCUUCUGUCAGUACCCUAAGUUCUAUUUGCCCUGGUGACUUGAAAGUUGCUGCUAAGAUGGCCCCUAACAUUCCCUUGGAAAUGGACCUUCCCGGUGUGAAGAUUGUUCAUGCUCAGUUUAAUACACCUAUGCAGUUGUACUCAGAUGACAAUAUUAUGGAAACCCUUCAGGGUCAGGUCUCCACAGCUCUAGGGGAAACACCUUCAAUGAGUGAACCCACAGCUUCGGUGCCCCCUCAAUCAGAUGUGUACCGGAUGCUCCAUGACAACCGAGAUGAACCUACCCAGCCGCGCCAAUCCGGCUCCUUCAGGGUUCUCCAGGAGUUAGUGAAUGACGGUGCAGAUGACCGUCCUGCUGGGACCCGAAGUGUGAGAGCUCCCGUUACCAAACCCCACGGAGGUGCUGGCAGUGCCCCGAGGAUGCCCCUCUGUGAUAAGUGCGGGAGUGGCAUUGUUGGUGCCGUGGUGAAGGCCAGAGAUAAAUACCGGCAUCCUGAGUGCUUCGUAUGUGCUGACUGCAAUCUCAACCUCAAACAGAAGGGCUACUUCUUCGUGGAGGGGGAGCUGUACUGUGAAACUCACGCAAGAGCUCGCACGAGGCCCCCAGAGGGCUACGACACAGUAACUCUGUACCCCAAAGCUUAAGUCCUUGGCACACACUCACGCAGCCCCCGCACCCAUACAUCCUUACCCCCGGCUUAGAGCAGGAGCCCCCAGACCCGAGGCCAAAGCUUUUCGACAUUAUCUUAUUGUGUAUUGAUGAGAAGAAAUGGGAGGCUUUUUAAAGCAAUAACUUUUUCUAUGUCACUGCCCACCAUUUACAGUUUUAGUACAAGCAUCCUGUGUGUAAACACCAAGACACUGGGGACUGGGAGGGUCUAGUUGUCUUACUUUGAUGGUUGAUUGGAGGGAGGGGCAAUUACAGGAAACACCAAAUAACAAUCUUGUAUUCUAACUAUUCUGCGGUGGUCUUCAUUUGUUUCAACUAUUAUGAUGCAUGUCAGAAAGAAAUUCCCAGGAUUCCUCUAGCUCCAUAUCUCAAUAUCUCAAAAUGCCAUACAUAAAGCAUUUUUUAAAUGCCUAAAUUUAGUUGAAAAAUCAACCUUUCAACCAGAGGGCCAGCUCCUCCUUUGGCAUAGCCACACUAUUUAAAGGGAACUGUCUUCUUUCAUUUUUAUAGCUCACUCUUUCUAAUGAGCCCCACACUUCUGUUGAUGGGAGGGACACUUAAUUCUGCUAAAUGAACAUAGGUCUGUCUAUUUCCAAUUAAAAGUGUAUUUUGCUCGGA